CCCGCUCUCUCCGCCUCUCCCUCCUAUAACAGCAGUGGCGCUCCGCCAGGCCGCUAGGGGGCGCUGUGAUCCCGCUUUGGGCGGGGCGGGCCGGGCGCUUCCUGGCGGUGGCGACUCGGCGGAAACGGCGGCGUUGGCAGCGGGCGGAGCGGGUCUGCGGGUGGGCUCCGUGUUUGCCGAGUGUCACCUCGGCGUCCCGCCGCCCGCUGCGUGUCCCCGGUCGGCACAGGAGGCAGCAUGUCGGUGGCGGGGCUGAAGAAGCAGUUCUACAAAGCGAGCCAGCUGGUCAGCGAAAAGGUUGGAGGGGCAGAAGGGACCAAACUUGACGAUGACUUCAAGGAAAUGGAAAAAAAAGUGGAUUUGACCAGCAAGGCAGUUACUGAAGUAUUGACCAGAACAAUAGAAUACCUGCAGCCAAACCCAGCUUCCAGAGCCAAGCUAACCAUGCUGAACACGAUGUCGAAGAUCCGCGGGCAGGUGAAGAAUCCUGGCUACCCACAGUCAGAAGGGCUGCUGGGGGAGAGCAUGAUCCGCUACGGCAAGGAGCUGGGCGAGGACUCCAACUUCGGCGAUGCGCUGCUUGAUGCUGGGGAAUCUAUGAAACGAUUGGCUGAAGUGAAGGACUCGCUGGAUAUUGAAGUCAAACAAAAUUUUAUUGAUCCCCUCCAGAACCUGUGUGACAAAGACCUGAAAGAGAUCCAGCACCAUCUCAAGAAGCUGGAAGGCAGACGCUUGGACUUUGAUUACAAAAAGAAACGACAGGGAAAAAUCCCUGAUGAGGAGCUCCGACAGGCCAUGGAGAAGUUUGAAGAGUCCAAGGAAGUAGCAGAGACCAGUAUGCACAACCUCCUAGAAACUGAUAUUGAGCAGGUGAGCCAGCUGUCGGCCCUGGUGGAUGCUCAGCUGGACUACCACAGGCAGGCAGUGCAGAUCCUGGAUGAACUUGCAGAAAAGCUCAAACGCAGAAUGAGGGAAGCCUCCUCACGUCCCAGGCGGGAAUACAAGCCCAAACCCAGGGAGACAUAUGACUUUGGAGAGAGUGACCAAUCUAACGGGGGCUUCUCUUGUACUCCCACCCCUAAAGUCUCAGCAGCUUCCUCCUCUUUCCGAUCCGACAAGCCGUCCCGGGCCUCCGUCAGGAGUAUCCCUCACCUGGACCAGCCCUGCUGCAAGGCACUCUACGACUUUGAACCCGAGAACGAUGGUGAGCUUGGCUUCAAGGAAGGUGACAUCAUCACCCUGACCAACCAGAUCGAUGAAAACUGGUACGAGGGCAUGAUCAAUGGCCAGUCAGGCUUCUUCCCACUCAACUACGUGGAAGUGCUGGUUCCGCUACCUCAGUGAAUUGGCAUCUCUCCCCGUUCCUCUCCACUCGUGCCCCCUCACAGCGCAGGGCCGAGCCUGCAUUCCACGUUUGUCCUGACACGAGCCCUCUAGUGAGGUGGGGAGAGAAGACACGGCCAUUUCCUGUAUCAUCUCGGGGUGAGUUUGCCACCAGGGAACAAGCCAGAAGGGUCAAACAGCCCUAUCCUGGAGAA